AUGUCGGAAGAGCCGUCGUUGCCUCGACUGCCUGCAGUCUCGUGGGAUGAACAAUCCCAGAGCUUCUCCAACCAGCCCCGCAAGCGUCACCGUAUUAGUUCGCGGCAAGGGAAUCCUUCGUUGCCCUUGAAUUUCAAUUCCAGCGACCCUGCUGUCUUUUCUAGUGACGAUGACCCGGGGCUUGACAAUUAUGUGGAAGGGAGGCACAAGAGGCGCUACGUUGGAUCAUGGUUCCAGCAACAGCUUGAAUCGCCAGAUUCCGCCUCCACCGACGAUGUCACCCUUGCUCCCAUUCAGACAAAGCGCUACUUGAAGAGAGACUUUGACAGUGGUGUCUUUCUGGGGAGCGAUGCCACCGAUGAUGGCGAAGACCUUAUGGAGGGCUUGGACCUCCCAGCAUUGCCAAGGCUGCCACAGUUGGGAACUCGGGCCGUGCCUCAACUGUCUCAGGCAGAAGUAGACGCCCGGCGCAAGAUUCAAGAGUGCCUAGACUCGGGCAAUGAAACCGUGGAUCUCAUGUCCAUGGGCUUGGAGGUGUUGUCGGAUGAUACCGUCAAACGCCUCAGUCAAAUUGCUUGCAUCCCGAUUGUCGCCAGAGAUGUUGCAUUUGUGCAGAGGGAGCCGGAGCUGAAGCUGUUCUUAGCAUCGAACAGCUUGACACGAUUACCUAGCUCACUUUUCGACAUCAAUCACCUCACAGUGCUAAGUCUUCGUGGAAACCAGCUCACAGAGCUUCCCUCGGCAAUCUCGAAGCUGAGCAACCUGGAGCAACUCAACAUAUCGCAGAACCGAUUCAAGUAUCUGCCCGCUGAGUUUCUCGAUUUAUUCAAAGUCGGAGGGAAAUUUCGUGACCUUUCCCUCUUCGUCAACCCGUUCCUACAGCCAGAGCAAGCUACUCAAUCUGACGGGGAGAACGGUGGCCAGAGUCUCUUACAACCGGCACCAUACGCCUCAAUCAGAUACAAAUGGUUAUUCGAUGAUGACAAGGUGCCACGAUAUUUGACUCGAUGGCUCGGCCGAUCUCCGCUGCAAAUCUCCGACUCCAAUGGCCAAAUUCUCUCAGAGUUCCGUCUCCCGUCAGGCGAGGAAUCCUCGGUGACAAACCUGCCAGUCGCAGUAGGCAGUGAUCAGUUUGGUCUCCCCGCUUCCAUAUCGUCACAAUCCCCUCUCAAAGAGACGGCGCGGCCAAGUGUGGUGCCCAGCUUAAUCGAACUGGCGCUGCAGAGCUGCUAUCGUACCAGCCAGCUUCGGGAACUCGAGUCGUACAUUCCAGAGGGGCUCUCACACCUCCAGAAGCUGCUGCAGCGCGCCUCUCGGCAGAGAGACAACGGCGGCGUGAGUUGCUCGACCUGUGGGAAGACGCUCGUAGUGCCUCGGCUCGAGUGGAUUGAGUGGCGAGAGAUAUGUAGGGGCACCGUCCUUCCCCUGCCUGACCGCGGCACUACGAAUGUGAUUACGAGACCAUUUACCAAGGACGAGACGGAGAUGGCAGUGCCUUUUCUUUAUCGGGCAUGUUCUUGGCGCUGCGGACCCAAGGAUUCAGAGAAGAAUAAGUGGUGGUCUCUGGGGAUUGUUAAACCGGUGGAGGAAGCUGGUUCACAGGGAGGUCGAGUGUAA